AUGAAUAAUUGUUUUGAAACCACAUACAACUGGGAAAUUAAAACCAGAAAUGGCACCACGAAGUUGGGAUGCCUAGGUUGCAUACCAUUCAUGGACAAAAGCACGGCACAGAAAAAUGUACACAGCAUUAUACAAACAUGUCAACCAGAGAAGGCACAAGCAAGAUAUAAGCUUAUUUGCAUCAAAUUUGCAAAACGGCUAAGUUUGAGUACUGUCCUUGUAAAAAAAACAUUUACAUUUGUUUUUAAAUAUCAAAUUCAUUUUCAUAGGAGCAUGUUUCCAUUGUGUGAUGUUACAUAA